GAUACUGGUGGGCUCUGCGUCAUGUGCAACCUACACAUGUCCAGAGUCCUGUACUCCGAAACCAUGGCCAGAAUCACUCCUCUGCAAGGGCCCCACCUGCAAAGCCCAGUGCUGCACCUGCGGAGGGGAAGAGGCGUCAGCUGGUGACGGCCUGCCUGACGUCGGCAUCCAACCUUGUUUCUCGUGGCAGAUCGGCAGCAGUGGUACCACGCCGACCGCUGAGCAAGUUCUCACGGAUUGUGGAGGAGCUUCUGGCUACAUCCUGGCGGCUUUCAAGGAGAACAAGCCUGUCGUCCUGCACAACAUCAAAGUUUCCACAGACACGUUGCAGAAGGUGCUGCAGGAGUCCGCCUCCAAAGCUGUGUCCAGUGAGGCACUGGGCCUGACGCUCGAGAGCUCAAAGGAGGAGACCUUUACUCGUUUUGGCUUCUUCUGCGCAGGCGCUGAUUGCAAUCUGUGGAAGGUGCCCCUGGGUGCCAAGGAUCCAGACUCAGCCGUCUUUGCAGCCUCCCAGACUGGAGGGCUUGUCAUGCCCCAACAGGUGGACACCACCUUGGCCAUCUACAACGUGACGGAUCCAGAUGAGUUGUGGGUAUGCCCGACGGAAGGUGCCGUUGAGAGCUGUGGAGAUGGCAAGAUCACUGGUAUCGAGGAGUGUGAGGGAAGCUCUGGAGAAGGCUGCGGAAGCUGUCAGGUUAUGCCUGGUUGGGCAUGUGGUGGUGACGGUUGCGAGCCUCUCUGUGGCGACGGCGUGAUGCAGGGCAGUGAGACUUGUGACGAUGGCAACAACUUUCAGUUCGACAACUGCAGCCGUGACUGCUCCUUGCAUACCAGGGAGGUCUACGUUCCCUUCGCAGCCAGCUGCGCUGGCGAGAAAGUUGCCCCAAUGGUGCGUGUGGCGAAGGAUGGUGCUGCUUCCCUCAAGGAAUGCCAGGACCUCUGCAGUUCGGAUGCAAAUUGCUCCGCAGUGGAGUUCUACCCGACUGCUUGGGAAGGCAGCGUGUGCCACCACUUCGAGGGCGGGAUUCUCGCAAGCCUGGGUCAGGGCGCGGUUGAAUGGCAAGGCAGCAAGUGCUACAUCAAAGCGCAGUAUGCCCUGGUCACCGAAGGCCUGGAAGCAAAAAGUUUGGAUUCCAUGGCAGCCAAGUGCGAAGAAAAGCAAAUGAAAGAGCUGGCGAUCAACAAUGCCCAGGAGGUAAAGCUGCUGUACGACUUCCUUGGAUCCUCAG